CGACACCGCAAAUAUAAAAGGAUGUCAACCGAAUCAGACAUUCAGUUCGUGCAGCUACGCUUCAUCCUUGCAAAGUGUAUUUCAAUUUCACGGCCCUUUUGCGAAUUCAAACCUUCCAUCUAAUAAACUGAUUAUUACCAAACUAUAACGUCUUACGCAAGAAAUGUUUUGGAAGUGCAUAAAUCUUCUUUCAGAGAUGUAGGCUAUUGGAUCAUUUGGUGAAGAAAGUGAAAGCCCUAUUACCUAUCGCAUUGCAAUCAAACACUCCCCUGAGUGAUACAUCAUAGCUAACAGCAAACAGCCAGCCCCCAUUUCCACGGACGCCUUCGAAACGAUAUCAUCUUUUGUAACCACAACAAUUGAAUUGAUUUUCCCCUUUGCCAAUCAACCGAAAACCGAUAAAUAACCAAUGAAGAUGGGUGAAAAACAUAACGAGCCAGAGACAACAUUUUCCUCGCGAUGGCAAACACUGCGAACCAACCUGCCUCAUCUGCUCCACAAGUACUGUGGUCACGACUUGCGGAGUUUCCAAUCGCUUGAUGGAUUUAUGACGCUGAUAUACCGCCCGACGGACGCAGCGGGCAUCGGAGUAGCGCGGAUGCUGUUUGGGUUGAUGAUGCUGAUUGACAUUCCGGAGGAGCGCGGGGGUGGCGAUUUGGACUUUCGCUGGGGUGACCCCAGAGGGUGCAAGUUUCCACUCAUCACCGGAAUGGAACCGCUCAGCUAUCCGCGGAUGGGAAUCCUGUAUCUGGUGAUGUGGCUUGGAGCGUUGGGAAUCAUGCUGGGCUAUCGAUUUAGGUUCAGUGCACUAUUGUUUGUUACUAGCUAUUGGUAUGUGUUUCUGCUGGACAAAAGUGCGUGGAAUAAUCACAGCUACUUGUACGGAUUACUUGGAACGAUAUUCCUAUUCACGGAUGCCCACAAAUGCUACUCGGUGGACGCUUGGCGGAACAAAACAUUGCAACCGGAAGUACCAUUUUGGAAUUACCUCAUCCUGAAAUACCAAUUCUUCAUUCUGUAUUUUUUGGCCGGAUUGAAAAAGAUGUGUCCCGAGUGGCUCUCCGGAUAUGCCAUGACCAAUCUGAGCUACCAUUGGGUGUUUCUUCCUUUCAGAUCACUGAUGGGUCCAAAACUUACUGAUCUGCUGAUCAUUCAUUGGUUUGGAUGCAUAUUUGAUACUUCGGUUGUAUUCUUCCUAGUAUACGCGCCAACCCGAAAAAUUGCCACUUUGUUCGCAUGUGCGUUUCACUUAAUGAAUUCAAGGCUUUUUCACAUUGGUAUGUUUCCUUGGGUAUGUUUGACUCAACUGCCCCUGUACUACAGCGUUAGUUGGCCGCGAUUAGUAUGGAAGAAAUUAUCAUUCAAAAAUGAUACCAACUACAAAAGGAAUGCGUCUAAGAAAAGUGAAAAGUAUCUAAAUCCAGUCGCCUCUCCAAGAUCCAAAAAAUUGACUAUGUCAACUAUGCUCAUCUACUGUGCACUUCAGCUCUUCUUACCCUAUUCGCACUUCAUAACCAAGGGCUACAAUAACUGGACCAAUGGAUUAUAUGGAUAUUCCUGGGAUAUGAUGGUUCACGCCUGGGAUACCGUCCUUACAUCAAUAAAAGUAGUUGAUAAUAACAACAACCAGUCCCUCUAUCUUUUACCAUAUGCCUUUGUGGACAACGACCGAUGGACUAAGCAUGCCGAUAUGGCUUACCAAUUCGCGCACUGCAUAGACCGGAACAUCCGUGCAGAGUACCGAGACAAUCAUCGUCCGUUCACUAAUUUCUCCGUUUAUUUCGACAUUUGGUGCAGCAUGAAUGGACGAUUUUUACAGCGCAUUUUUAAUCCGGAAGUGGAUAUUUUGACUGCCAAAUGGUCACCUAUCGAACCGGUCGACUGGGUACUACCUCUUUUACACGAAUUCACCGAGAUGCGCACAAUGAUAGAUAGCACGACACAGGAAGUACAUUCCUGGAGCAACACUUCCGAUGUUCUGUUCGUAGCAGAUUUCCCUGGAUUAACGUUAGACAACUAUAUAAUUUCCGACAUGGACAACGUUACGUUAACUGUACUUGUAGGCAGCAUAGAUUAUCGGCACGCCAAUGACUCUGCGAUUCAGCACCUUGAAAGAGGGCAAAGUAUUUCCAAUAUCCCUCCAUUGUUUCAUCAUGUAACAACGACCAGCGCUUCAUCAUCAUCUAUGCUCUAUACUUACGUGAACAAGACUAUGAAACUUGCUCCCACCGAAGAUGAACUGACGGAACGAAGGCAAUCGAAACCGAUACUUCCUCUUUGGGAGGAAUUCAACGUACGGUUCGACAACUACGUGAGAUUCUUCCAACACGUGGGCAAUUCAUUGUUGUAUGAAAUUUACGGUGUUCCAAUGCCUCGCAGAGUGAGAGUUUCGCCAGAUGAGACAACGUGGAUAACUGAAUGAAGUAUAACAGCUGAAAUCAGUGAACUAUGUAUUGUGUUUUCUGCCGGUAGAAGCGGUAUUAUGAAAGAAAUUCAACUUUUCGCUUUCUUAUCGCAU